UAAUCUUCGUGUUAUUUUCAAAUUAAAUCAGCUUCUUUAUUCUUAAAUAUUUAUUCCAAAUUUUGUAACAAAUAAAUAAUCAUAGAUUAAAAAAAACUCAACUAACAUGAUCAACCAACCUCCUUUCCACAUAAAUUGUAACCACCACUCUAUUUAUACCAAAACUCUUCACUUCCUCACCACCACCACCACCAUGGAACCCACCAUCAUAGUAACCUCCGAUUUCAUUAAAGCCUACUCCGAUGGUACCAUUGAGCGUUUCAUACCGGAAACAUCUCCGGCCUCUCUUGACUUGUACGAUGGCUACAAGUGCAAAGAUGUAACCAUAGAUCCAUCAAAACCAAUAACUGCAAGACUUUUCAUCCCCACCGCCGCCGUCAUGCCACCAUCACUACCAAUCGUGGUAUACUUCCACGGCGGCGGUUUUGCAAUCGGCUCCACCACAUGGCUAGGCUACCAUCACUUCCUAGGAGACCUUUCCGCCGCCACUAAAUCAAUCGUUCUUUCCGUCGACUACCGCCUCGCACCGGAAAAUAGGCUUCCGAUUGCAUACGAAGACUCUUAUGCAUCCCUCGUUUGGUUAUACAAACAAAAACCGUCCGAUUCCUGGCUCCAAGACGCCGAUCUUUCUAGAGUUUUCCUCUCGGGAGAUAGUGCCGGAGGAAACAUAGCUCACCAAGUAGCCAUUAGAGCGAUUCGGGAUACGCAGUGUCCGGUUAGGGUUUCUGGAAUACUCUCCAUUCACCCGUACUUCGGUAGUGAGAAGCGAACCGAGUUAGAGACGAAAGUCGAGUCAGCUGAUGAUGUGAAGUCGAACGAUAUGUUUUGGAGCCUAAGUGUGCCUAAGGGCUCGAACCGUGACUAUGACGGGUGCAACCUUGAAAAGAUGGUGGUCUCGAUGUCAGAAUGGAAUCGGUUUCCGGACGUUCUUGUUUUUGUGGCGGAAUUUGAUUUCUUGAAGGAACGGGGAGUGGAGUAUGCCGAAUUUUUGAAGGGAAAAGGCGUAAAAGUGGAACUAAUUGAGACAAAAGACGAAAAACAUGUUUUUCACGUUUUCCGGCCCGAUUCCGAGGAGACUAAGUUGUUACAAAGUCAGAUGAAUGAGUUCAUACAUAGUUUUUGA